CUCAAGACAUUUGCCCAAAAAUGAUGGCCACAAAUAAGAUGCCCGAAGAGGUGAUCAUAUCGUUUGUGAAGAACGUGUUCGCCGUAACCAUAGCUCGGGAACAGCUGUUGGCGCCGACCAAAGAGUUUGUGGUCGGACUGUACGCCCGCUUUCUAGACGAGUUUGGGAUGGAGAACGUGACCCAACCGGACCUCACGGCCAGCGGCGGUAUCGCUAACAUCGAGUACUACGAAACCAACAUAAUUGUGGUCAACAUUUACAAAUCGGUGUCCACUUUGGUGGCCAACGCAGGCGUUCCCGACAUGACGUUCGCCGAUGUGGUGGCGCCUAAGAGGGUCCGCACCAAUCGGAUCCUAUCAGCCCUUUGCUCACUGAUCUCCAAACUGGCAGAAAUUGAGGGUCGCUUCCAACAGAUGGAGACCAAGUUUGUGGAUCUGCCCGCACGGCGACAGGCGGUCGAGCAACGCAUCCGUGAGCUCAAGCGGUCGGUUGAAGAGAAGUCCAUGUAUUUGUCGGCCAACAAGAGUAAGACACAGGCGUCUGCUCAACAUAUCAAAGAGUUGGCCGAGAAGUAUGAGGAGAAGCGAUGCGCUGGCGAUCUCUUGCAGGAGGAGAGUCGAGCACUGAAGACCACAAUUCUCGCACAACGGGAAAAGAUAAGCGAAAUUGAUAUCGAAAUGAGUAAAAUGCAUGAAGAGAUCCAUGAAUUGGAGAAACAAGUGGUCAAAAGUCCGGAACGAAUCCAAGCGGACACCGAAGAGAAGGAGACAGAACUCGAGUCCAUACGCGCGGAGAAGAAGAAGUUGGAGAAGCAGUACAUGGAGUCAAUCCGUUCGGUCGACCACUUGAAAGAGGCCUCCAAGUCGUUGACGCCAUCGCUCGACAAGUUUGCCGAAGCGUUCAAAGACAUCGAAUCCAUUCGCAGUGAGUGCGAGAAGUUGUCCGAAACCAAGGCUCUGGUCAACAGUCGGGAAGAGAGGGUCAAGUCGUUGAAUGUGCAGAUCAAAGAGCAGGAGAAGACUAUCCGAACGCUGCGGCAACAGAUGGCGAACAACGAUAAGUCAUUUCAACAACAGAUCCAAACGAUUAGACAAAUCAAUGGCGGAUUGAAGAGUGAGCUCGAGAUGAAGAUCAAGAAGAGGGCGGAAGAGGACAAGUACUGUCUGGAGGAGAAACAACGGCUUGAGUGCCAAUUGGAUGCGUUGGACGCCCAGCACAGGGCCGCCAAAGAGAAGGUCGACUCCAUAUGGAAACGACACGCGGAGGCCAUGAAGAGUGUCCGCGAUUUGGUUGAAAAGCGUAUGAAAGAAGUCAAAGCUAUUAAAUCUCAACGAAAAGUUGUCCGAAAUGGGAUUACAUUGAUUGCUUUCGCAAAUGUAAGCGCAUUUGAAUUGAAGGAAAGCAAUGAUAUCUAUCAAGAAGUGAGAGAUUCAAGAAAUUUUACGGGAAAAGUAGUUUUAGUGACCGGAAGUGCUCAGGGAAUCGGUGAGGGAAUUGUCAAACUAUACUCAGCUCUCGGUGCGAGUGUUGUCAUCACCGGUAGGAAAGCGGCAGACAUUUCAAGAGUGGCCAAAGAAGCGCAAGAAUUGUCACCGAAAAAACUUAAACCGUUAGAAGUGACCGCAGAUCUAACCAAAGAUGAAGAUUUGCAGCAUUUGUUUAAUGAGACCAUAAAAGCAUACAAAGGAUUGGAUGUAUUGGUCAAUAACGCCGGUCUAUUGAUUAACUCUUCUGCAACCGAUAAAAACUUUUUGUCUGUUUUGGACAAAUCGGAGAAAAUAGACUUAAGAGCAUCACUAGAGCUGAUCCGUCUGAGUGUUCCGUAUCUCAAAAAAUCCAACGGAUCUGUAGUAAACAUUUGCAGCACUUAUAUUGAACACCCGCAAAUAUCAUAUUUGGGGUACGAUAUCGCCAAAGCCGCGCUGGGAAUGGCAACCAAGGUACUUUCAAUAGAGUUGGCCCCACAGGGUAUACGUGUUAACUCUGUCAGCCCGAGUGUUGUUCAGUCCCAUCCGCGCAAUGAGAGCUCUGUCUGGGAAUUGAAAAUUAUGGACAAAGCGGUCAAAACGACACCAUUGAGACGGCCCGGCCUUCCCAUCGAUAUCGCCAAAGGAGUGGUAUUCCUGUCCUCAUCGGACGCCUCAUUCAUAACGGGACACAAUCUGGUGGUCGACGGAGGGCUCAGAUAUAACGAGGAUUCAGAUUAUAUGAAUUUAUAUGUGAAUACAAAACUAAAGCAAAUAAUGUCCGCAAAAGAUAUUUACUCUGAAGUGAAAAACUCGAGAGACUUUACGGGAAAAGUAGUUAUAGUGACCGGAAGUAGUGGUGGUAUCGGAGAAGGAAUCGCUAAACUAUACUCAGCUCUGGGCGCGAGUGUUGUCAUCACUGGUAGGCGUGAGGAUGGCGUCAAACGGGUGGCCAAAGAGUGUCAAGAAUUAUCACCGAAAAAAUUAAAAGCUUUGGAAAUACCGGCAGAUUUGGGAAAGGAUGGCGAAGCGGAGCGUGUGUUCAAUGAAACUAUUAAAACAUUCAAACGAUUGGAUGUAUUGGUGAAUAACGCCGGCGACUAUAUUAAGGCCAACGCAACCGAUGAUAACAUUGUCGAUGUUUUGGACCGUUCAUUGAAAGUAGACGUCAAGGCAUCGCUUACUCUCAUCCGACUCUUUGAACCAUAUCUUAAACAAAGCAAAGGAAAUGUUAUUAAUAUUACGUCUGUGUUUACGGAGAGACCGCAAAAAUCCUAUUUGGGUUAUCAAUUGGCAAAACAAGCCCUGGAAAUGAGCACAACUACAUUGGCAUUAGAAUUAGCCCCAAAAGGCAUCCGGGUUAAUAGUGUUAACAUAGGAGUGGUGCGAUCACACGAAGCACAUCCCGACCCCGAUGUUAUUAGAGCUUUUGAAAACGCCGCCAAAUAUACACCACUGGGAAGAGUGGGCACAACAGCCGAUGUCGCCAAAGGGGUGGUAUUCCUGUCCUCAUCGGACGCCUCGUUCAUA